AUGCCUCCGGAAUGGAUUCAGAAGCAAGACCGCACCAGCAUCCUUGCCCAGCCGAAAAUUAUCCACCAAACCAUCUUCUGCAGGUAAAAACCUGGUUGCUAGACCUCUCAACCCCAGCAGGAGCAACCGCCGUUUUAGUUUUAACAUAGCAUUUCCAGGACUGCAUCCAGCUAAAUUGCACUGUGGCCUUAUCUGCACUGUGCGUUUAGAGAACGUUAAGAGUCCUGCUGGAUCGGCACCAACAAGAGCACUCUCACCACCUGUAAGGUACAGGUAAAGGGACCCCUGACCAUUAGCUCCAGUCGUGACCGACUCUGGGGUUGCGGCGCUCAUCUUGCUUUAUUGGCCGAGGGAGCCGGCGUACAGCUUCCGGGUCAUGUGGCCAGCAGGACUAAGCCGCUUCUGGCGAACCAGAGCAGCGCAUGGAAACGCCGUUUACCUUCCCGCCAGAGAGGUACCUAUUUAUCUACUUGCACUUUGACAUGCUUUCGAACUGCUAUGUUGGCAGGAGCAGGGACCGAGCAAUGGGAGCUCACCCCUCAUUGCGGGGAUUCGAACCGCCGACCUUCUGAUCGGCAAGUCCUAGGCUCUGUGGUUUAACCCACAGCGCCACCCGCGUCCCCCAUAUGGUAUAACUUAUACAGUGGUGCCUCGCAAGAUGAAAUUAAUCCGUUCCGCGAGAGUCUUCGUCUAGCGGUUUUUUCGUCUUGCGAAGCAACCCUAUUAGCGGCUUAACGGAUUAGCGCUAUUAGCGGUUUAGCGGCUAUUAAAGGCUUAAAGGCUUAGGGGAUUAGCUGCUAAAAGGCUAUUAAAGGCUAUUAAAGGUUUAGCAGAUUAGAUAAAGGGGGGGGGAAGCGAAAAAAAAAUCUCUAGACUCGCAAGACAUUUUCGUCUUGCGAAGCAAGCCCAUAGGGAAAUUCGUCCUGCGAAGCAACUCAAAAACGGAAAACCCUUUCGUCUAGCGGGUUUUCCGUCUUGCGAGGCAUUCGUCUUGCGGGGCACCACUGUACUAUAAAUUGUUCCUCUCGCCUCCUGUAGCUUCUGGCAAAUGGUGUUCUGAAGCAUCAAUGCCUCUGACUUGUGGAGGCAGAGCGGAGCCAUUGUGAUAGCCUUGUGCCCCCCUGACUUGGUCCAAUCUUCUUUCAAAGCCACCCUGUUGGUAGCCAUCCCUGCCAUCUGUAGGAGUGAGGUCCAUAGUUGAACUAUGAGUUGCAUGAAGGUCUUCCACUCUGGAGAACCAUGGCUCCCUUUCAGCGAAACCUUGGAGCAGUAUAGUUCUUACGAGUGCUGAAAGUUGUCAGGAGAUCCAAAUUCUCCUUGUACAGCUGCAAUUCCCAGUGUUCCCUGGGAAGAGAGACUGAAGGUUAGACCACUCCGAGGAUCAAGGGUUUGUCAUGCAAACUUCCCUUCCCAAGGCAGAAUCAGGGGCAGGGCCAGAUUUAGGUUUGACGAGGCCCUAAGCUACUGAAGGUAAUGGGGCCCUUUCUAUGUCCAGCUGCCCUUUGUCAACCACAAAUUUCCGCUGUUUUUUGUGUUGAAUAUAUGCUAUAUGGUCAUUUAUGGACCUCAUAGGUAUCUCAAGCCACUUGCGCAUGUUGCCAUGCAACCAGUCCAUGCAGAAUGUAGGCACCCUCUAUAUAGAAAUGAGCAAACCAGUGAUAUUUUAGGGAGCAGGCUAGCAGGCGGGGCCCAUGACUUACAUCAUAGGAGCCUACACAACACAAAAUACUGUUGCUGUAUCUAGGUUUUAUUUUAUGUGUUUUGUAUCUUUUAUUUUGGAAAUGUACAUCUGGGGUUUUUUCCCCCUUUACAUUUUUUGGGGGGGGCGGGCGGGCCAAGAGUGGGACCCUCAGCUAUAGCUUGUUUAGGUAAAGGUAAAGGGACCCCUGACCAUUAGGCCCAGUCACGGACGACUCUGGGGUUGUGGCGCUCAUCUCGCUUUAUUGGCCGAGGGAGCCGGCGUACAGCUUCCGGGUCAUGUGGUCAGCAGGACUAAGCCACUUCUGGCAAACCAGAGCAGUGCACGGAAACGCUGUUUACCUUCCCGCCAGAGCAGGGCAUAUUUAUCUACUUUGACGUGCUUUUGAACUGCUAGGUUGGCAGGAGCAGUGACCGAGCAACGGGAGCUCACCCCGUCAUGGGGACUUGAACCACCAACCUACUGAUCGGCAAGUCCUAGGCUCUGUAGUUUAACCCACAGCGCCACCCGCGUCCCUAUAGCUUGUUUAGCUUAUAGGUAAAUCCGGCACUGAUCAGGGUCACACCUUAAGGUUCCUGAUCAUUCAUUGGCUGCUGAACCUCUAACUGCCCAGCACCUGACAGCAUGUAUAAUGGGAGGUGCCCACAGUUUUGAUGAAAUGGCAUUGCCAGGCGAGAUCUAUGGGCUGGAGUCUGCCCAUCCCUCCCUUACCAACACUUGCUUCAUCAGAGCAGUUUACAACAAUUACACAUUAGACAGCAAAAACCACGCAGAAAUGUUAAAAUCAGAUGGAACGAUGCGUUCUUCACUGUCUGCACAAGCCUGGCAGAACAGGAAAGUUUCCAGCAGGCGUUUAAAAGGUUGAAAAGGAAGUUCCACAAGACUGGGUUGCUUGCUGAUGUUGAAUGAGCCUUGCCAAUUCAGGGAAUGACCGUCGAUGCCGCCGCAGGUGAUGUCGGUGAUCUCCCCACCGGACCCACCCUCCUCGCACAAUUUGCAGGAGGAGGAGGAGGAGCUUGAAUAUGUGAAAAGAAAAAGGAUGCUCGUUUUUCUAGGGAUGGGUGGCAACCCUACCCUGAGGUGCCCCCGGGCCUAAGUUGAUCAGGGCUUUGUAAAUUAAUAUUCAUUAAUACUAAAAGGGUGAGGGCAGAUAAACACCAGAACAGAGGCUGAGCGGAAGUGGACUGGCCUGUUCUUGACACGAAGGGAGCAGCAGGAUAGGUGUCACAAUUGCAGGUGAGGGAGAUAUUCUGCCAACUCAUCUCUAACCAUCUCUCCCUCCUUUCUAUCUCCGCAGGCCUUCUGUAUACUGGGUAGAUAAGAUACCUAAGGCGCAGCCUAGAACAACAGUUCCAGGCAAGUAAAGAAAAUAAAAGAAUUGAACUGUUUUCUUUAACAUGUGGUCUUGCGCAUGCUUUAUCCUAGCACAUGAAUUUUUCUUUUCUUUUUUUCUUUCCAAAAAUUUUAUUGGUUUUCACAAUGUUAUAAACAAACAAACACACAAGACAAACAUAAAAAACAUAAAUCAUAGCCUUAUUGAAAAUUACAGUUAUUAACUUUGUUAAGUGACUUCCUCGCUUCCCCUUGGUUGAAUUUCAUUGCAUGUCCUUUUAACGGUUUUCCAAAUCCCAAUUUUUAUGAAAUUUAACAUAAACAUUAACAUACUUAAAUCUUCACCUUAUAUAAUUAAACAUAUUAAUUCAUCACUUAACAUAAAUAAAAUCCUAAGCCCAUUAAGUAUCUGCAAGCUAUUUCCAGUUCUAGCACAUGAAUUUUUCUGUAUGCUUUUCUUGGUUGGGGAACUGCAUUGCAAAAUUCGCAAAAGUGCAAAUUUUGGAAGGAGGGCUGUGUUUGCGUGUUGUUUUGGAAAAGGGGUGAAUUAGAGAGGCUUGCCCUUAAAUGAAAAAGGAAUCAAAUUUCUCUCCCACCCCCCUAAUGUCAAGCUAGGGGAGAAGAUGAUGUUCUUGGCGCAGAUGGGCUAAUCUGAUUGCAUUCUGGCAAGGCUAUAUCAAUGUUCACAUCUAUUUACCUUUCUUCCUCCACCUGUUCUUUUGCAGUCUUAACUCCCCGGCAGGAAGUCCUGUCUCGAUCCAAAAAGGUCAAUUUAGACUACAGCGGGGACAGGUAGGGAGAGAAUGUAACCAGACCAAAAAAUCACCCGAACAAAACACAUACUGGGUGGGCGGGGUUUUUAUUUUUUGGGGGGGGGGGAGAGAAUAACAGCUGUAAACAGAAAAUACAUAGAUGUAUUUUGCCUGAAACUUUUUUUUUGCCCAUUGCAUCUCAUUUACCUCUGGGUGAUUUACAGGCCUGUUAAAAUUCAUGCCAAUGUUUUGGACAAUGAAAUCAAUUAUAAGUAAUAAAAAGGAUAAACGGUAAUACAGGUAAGUAACCCUCAAACCCAGCAUAGACACAGCAGCUAAAAUGCAUUUGUAGAGCUUGGUGGAAGAAUCAAGGAGCAACAGAAAAAUAUUCCCACUGUAAGAGAUUAUGGAGUGGACACCAGGCAAGCCUUUAUGGGAAGGUUAUUGCAUAAUCGGGGGGGCCACCAUGAAGAAACACCUGCAGGUCACCAAGUUUUGGUUGUGACGACUUUGUUCUGUUCAGGGGACAAAUUUAAGCCUGGUUUCUAUGUAACAGAAUCAGAGUUGGACUGUUAGGUUUUUCGCCUUAGUUCCCUCUGUAACAACAGCCACAUUGAGGGGGCAAAUCCUCUUCAUAAAGUUAAGGUAAAGGGACCCCUGACCAUUAGGUCCAGUCGUGGGCGACUCUGGGGUUGUGGCGCUCAUCUCACUUUAUUGGCCGAGGGAACCGGAGUACAGCUUCUGGGUCAUGUGGCCAGCAGGACUAAAGCUGCUUCUGGCGAACCAGAGCAGCACAUGAAAACACCGUUUACCUUCCUGCCGGAGCAGUACCUAUUGAUCUACUUGCACUUUGAUGUGCUUUUGAACUGCUAGGUUGGCAGGAGCUGGGAGCUCAGCCCGUCACGGGGAUUCGAAUAGCCGACCUUCUGAUCGGCAAGUCCUAGGCUCUGUGGUUUAACCCACAGCGCCACCCGCGUCCCUCUGAAUACAUAGGGCAAGGUAAACUAGUCCCUAGUUGGGGAUUUGCCACAAAGUGCCACAAAGACUGCUUUAACUUGCCUUAUGCUUCUUGACUUUUGCAGGUGCGGGCGGGCUUUUCUUCUUCUUCUUACUAGAUUGCUAAAUUCCUAAUAUAUUCUCCCCCUAAUCCAGACCCACUGCUGCAUGGCCGGUAAAAGCUGCAGCCCUAAAGGUGAAGGCGACGUCAAGGCUGAUAGAACUGGCACAGCCCCGGCCUUACCGGUCUGCCUGGGAAAUAAACCGUCCCCUAUAUCCGUUGGUAUGUAUACCACUGGCCGGCCUGCUACCUUAACUGUGAUUCUAGCAUUGCAAGGGGGGGUUGGACUAGAUGCUCCUUUGGGUCCCUUUCCAACUCUACAAUUCUAUUAUUCCUGGCCAUGGGGCAGCUGCUUCUGGCAUACUUGCUCAUGCUUUGGUUCAGUGGUACCGAAGCAUUUAUUUAGACAAACCACUUGAAAAUUGGGGAGGCCUCCAAGGAGACCAUUUAAUAAAGCCCCUACCAACCUGGUCUUGGCGCUGUUGUAUAAUGAAUUCUCCUUUCCUCCAUAUGGUAUAAAAGUAAAGGUAAAGGGACCCCUGACCAUUAGGUCCAGUCGUGACUGAUUCUGGGGUUGCGGCACUCAUCUCGCUUUACUGGCCGAGGGAGCCGGCGUACAGCUUCCGGGUCAUGUGGCCAGCAGGACUAAGCUGCUUCUGGCGAACCAGAGCAGCGCACGGAAAUACCGUUUACCUUCCCACCAGAGUGGUACCUAUUUAUCUACUUGCACUUUGUCGUGCUUUCAAACUGCUAGUUUGGCAGGAGCAGGGACUGAGCAACGGGAGCUCACCCCGUCGCGGGGAUUCGAACCGCCGACCUUCUGAUCGGCAAGCCCUAGGCUCUGUGGUUUAACCCACAGCGCCACCCGCGUCCCCCAUAUGGUAUAACUUAUACUAUAAAUUGUCAUCUGAAGACCUUCUUCAUGUGCCCUCACCAUGGAAGGUGGCAUCAAGAGAACAGUCUUUUUAAGUGGCGGCUCCCCACUUCUUUCAUUUAAAAACCCCUCAAGAGUGGUUUACAAAAAGAAUAAAAUUUUUGGUAAAUAAUUCUUGGUAUAGGGUGAAUUCCCAAAAAUUUUGGGUGGUCUCGUGCGCAGUCAGGGGUUGCUAUGUUCCUGCGGCUGCCAUGAAGAAGCUGCCAGAAUCGCCAAUCCACUUAUCAACCAGAGCAGAGUUCUGCCAGACAUUACAGGGUGACCACUGCUGAUGCUUUAAUAUAUUAUGGGGGGUGCAGGGCGUUGGAGCCCCUGGGUAAUCUCAAAAAAAGAGCUCAACAACUUGGGGCAGGCAUAGGCAAACUCGGCACUCCAGAUGUUUUGGGACUACAACCCAUCAUCCCUAGCUAACAGGACCAGUGGUCAGGGAUGAUGGGAGUUGGUAGUCCCAAAACAUCUGGAGGGCAGAGUUUACCUAUGCCUGACUUGGGGCAAUCUUGGGGAGUUGCUAUAUCAAAGCCGUUCUGUUUGAGGUCUAAAAGGUUGGGUUCUUUAUUUUGGGUUCAAAACAAAUAGGGGGUGUCUUGUACAUGGAGGGCGUCUUAUACACAGAAAAAUAUGGUAAAGGGACCCCUGACCAUUAGGUCCAGUCGUGGCCAACUCUGGGGUUGCGGCGCUCAUCUCGCUUUAUUGGCCGAGGGAGCCGGCGUACAGCUUCUGGGUCAUGUGGCCAGCAGGACUAAGCCGCUUCUGGCGAACCAGAGCAGCGCACGGAAACGCCGUUUACCUUCCCGCCGGAGCGGUACCUAUUUAUGGUAGGUGGCUUUAAAUGGGGAUUUGGCAAGUUUAUGGAGCUGAGUUGGCUCUGCCUUCACAGUUGAAAUACCAGUUGCUAGAAACCGCAGGCUGGGCACAGUGAUAACGGGACGCUGGAAUUGAUGGGUUAUUGGCCUGAUCCAGUCAGCUCUUCCUCUGUCCUCUGUCUCUCGUCUUCAGGUGAGCAAAGGAGCACUGGCCGCUGUUCCCACGCAAAGGAUAAUUGCUCUAGCCAUACCACGGACUGUGCCCUCCGUUCCAAAGAGUAAGAGAUACGUUUCCACCUUCCUGCUAAUGACGAUAGCUUAGUCUCCAGACAAGUCUAGCUGCGGCUCCUCUGGGAUACGUAAGCGGGUGGGGAGGCUGUGCCACCCUGCCGCUCACUUAAACAAUAAACCUUCCCAUUUUUAGAAGAUGAGGAACAUGGGAAUAUUGCUGUACAAACACAGGUGCCUAAGUGCAUUGGUAGCAGGGCUCCCACCGGCUUCCGAGAUCCCCCUUCUGACAGCCUAGCGGUGCGGGAAUGGCUACCUGCAACCCCCCUGCCCUGAGAGAAAAGCCGUCGGCAGUCGGAUUGCAGAUGCCAACUUGGAAGACUUUUGUUUCUGCUUGAGGGGGGGCACCUCCCACCUAACUUUUAAAACUACUUGCCUUGCAUCUCACCCUCAGCUGUAAGGCACACACCUGAGUACAGUGGUACCUCGGGUUAAGUACUUAAUUCGUUCCGGAGGUCCGUUCUUAACCUGAAACUGUUCUUAACCUGAGGCACCACUUUAGCUAAUGGGGCCUCCUGCUGCCGCCAUGCCGCCGAAGCACAAUUUCUGUUCUCAUCCUGAAGCAAAGUUCUUAACCUGAAGCACUAUUUCUGGGUUAGCGGAGUCUGUAACCUGAAAUGUAUGUAACCCGAGGUACCACUGUACUGCCUUCUAUUAUUUUGCUGGGGGUUCAACUGCCUUCUUUGCCUCUGGGCCAGGAAGAAAAGCAACACCUGUCAACACCUGGCUGCUGAACAGAUGUGCAUCAGGCUAGGGGGCAAGACAAGUGUUUUUAACAGACCCAAAGGUGGUCUGAGAGCUUUCGUGGUGCAUAUCUUUUAUGCGCUCAAACACGUUUUUGAAAAACUUGGGGGGAAAUCUGAAAAAUUUGAUUACCCAGGGAUGGAAGUGUUUUCCCACCUGCCCAUGAGAGAGGCGCCAUUGCCUCCACACACUCAUUCUGUCACAAGUUUCUUCCUUUCCAUAUUAAUUGCAUGUAUAUGCCACCUUUAUCUUCCAAGGAUAUCAUUGAUACGCCAACGAUUUCUGAGGUAUCCUGACAUGAGACUUGUCGGCUAGUUUUGCCCUAUAAUGUGAAUUCCCCAAGACAGUGGAAUGCUCCCAAAUUCAACGAUUGUGAGCGAUUUUGCAUCGCCUCUAGGUUUUAGACCUUUGAAUCUUUUGGGGAAAGGGCUGCUUGCGUCAAAUUUAGCCAUUUUUGCUUCUCUUUUGGUUCACUCCUACAGAGCCACAUAGAAAACUAACCCACCAUCCUGCUGGAGCGGCAAAGUACGAUGAGCUCUCCAAACCCAAAAUCUACACGUUCGACAAACGCGAUCCACUCCAGGUUUCCAAGGCGGCUCUCCAAUACGUUCCUUCUCCUCGCAUUCUCGAAAUUAGCCGCCCGGUGAGGAUAAGAGGCAAAGUGGCUUGAGUUAUGUAAAUGCUACUCUUCCUUGAUUUCAAAUUAAAGGAUCCCAGACCUCUCGGACCGGGAAAAGAAGCCAUGAUGUAUUUCGUUUAUUUGGUUGUGGGACUUUUCCUUUAUUUGGCUUUGGCCUGCUGCAUCUCUGGCCUGCAGGGAACAGGUUUCAUCAAAGGAUGAGCGGUCGUGGCUCUGAAUUAAUGCAUCUUGGGACAGGAGAGCUGCCCCACUUGCCUUCCAAUACCAGCUGUGAGAUUUUAUAGUGGCAUAUCAUUUUGCCUCGUUUGCCCCAGGUUUCCAUACUCCUCUUGUCAUUUGGCACUUCUGUUGGUGUCUGGCCACGUCUGUUGGGACCAGGCAGUGGGAUUCAGGACAAAGCCCUCCUCGCCUGCACAUGUGUAUACCUUGUGGUCAAGGUCAUUGGGGAGCAAGCAGCAGUACAGCCCUUCUAGGCUCCACCACAGUUCCAUCAUUUAAGUACACUGAGCCUCUUGGGCUUGCUGAUCAGGUCAGCGGUUUGAAUCCCCGCGACGGGGUGAGCUCCCGUUGCUCUGUCCCAGCUCCUGCCAACCUAGCAGUUCGAAAGCACGCCAGCGCAAGUAGAUAAAUAGGUACUGCUACAGAGGGAAGCUAAAUGGCAUUUCCAUGCACUCUGGUUUUUGUCACAGUGUCCUGUUAUGCCAGAAGUGGUUUAGUCCUGCUGCCAACAUGACCCAGAAAGCCGUCUGUGGACAAACGCCAGUUCCCUUGGCCUGAAAGCGAUGAGUGCCGCAACCCCAUAGUUGCCUUUCACUGAAUUUAACUGUCCAGGGUCCUUUACCUUUUCCUUAUAUAAUGACCUCGUCAGAUCAGAUCCUGGCUUUGAUCUGUGCAUCUCCCUAGAUCUGCCUCCAUGUCAUAAGAACAUGGGCAAGUAUACGUGGGCAACUAAGAAAAAUCUGAAGUGUGGCCCAGAACCUGUUUCAAAAGUGGCCACUGGACCUUGGAAUCGAAAUCCUUGCAUGUUGCAUUACCGAUCAAUUCUCGUCCUGCCCAAAGUGAAUCAAGCAAACAGUUUCCACCCCAUCCCCGUCCUAUAAGAUGUAUUUUUCAGAAUCUGGAAAUCUGAUUCACCCAUUUCUCCUUGAGCCUCGUUUUCUCUAGGCUAAAUGUAUCUGGUUCUUUAAGGAACUCCCCUUGCUAUGGUUUACUUCAUACAGAUGUUUUGCUGCUGUCCUCUCUCCUCUUGAGAGCCGCCUCUUGCUUGAGUCACAGCCAAAUAGAUUCCACUGCUAAGCACCGUGCUCGAGGUGUUGAGAAGUGAUACACAUCUAUGUUUACUUAUUAUUUAUUCUGUUUGCUUUGGGUUGUAUCCAACUAAGUUAUGCGCGGGGUAAACUCACUGAAAAUAAUGCAAUCUUUUAGCGGGAGAUAAUACUAACUUGUGGGACAUGGGUGGCACUGUGGGUUAAACCACAGAGCCUAAGACUUGCCGAUCAGAAGGUCGGCGGUUCGAAUCCCCGCGACGGGGUGAGCUCCCGUUGCUCGGUCCCUGCUCCUGCCAACCUAGCAGUUUGAAAGCACAUCAAAGUGCAAGUAGAUAAAUAGGUACUGCUCUGGCGGGAAGGUAAACAGCUUUUCCAUGCGCUGCUCUGGUUCGCCAGAAGCGGCUUAGUCAUGCUGGCCACAUGACCUGGAAGCUGUACGCUGGCUCCCUCAGCCAAUAAAGCGAGAUGAGCGCCGCAACCCCAGAGUCGGCCACAACUGGACCUAAUGGUCAGGGGUCCAUUUACCUUUUUUUCUUUCCAAGCUGUCAAUAUGCUUCCUGAAUGAUGGGGCUCAAUGCCAAACGCAAGGGUGUCUUGCAGACAAGGUACAGAUAUGAAGUGCUUCUGAGCAUGUGUAAAGUACCAUCUUCUCACUCACAAAAACGACCGUAUCGGUUUCCAAAUGACUUGGAUUAGACAGAAGAGGUCUGAACUCCCGUCUUUUGUUUUAAUGAAAUGAGAACUGCCUAUCACUGCCCCGGACACCUCUCUUAUUUCUGUUUCCACAUUAUUUGGCUUCGCCUCUCACCUUUUACUUUCCCCUCAUCUCUUAGAAUUCUAGCUUUUCAUCAUAAUGGGUUCUAUUCCAGGUUAUCCAUCCAUUUCAAAGGGUCUGCUCUGCAUAGGACUAGCAUUUGAUAAAACUCAAUGUUUCAGGGCAUAGACUGAAGGCACCUUAGGAAAUUUUGCUGAAGCUAAACAGGACUGGAGUCUAGCAAGUCUACACAAGAGACCGAUUACCUGCCCUCAGUUCCACGAUGGAAGAAUCUGCCAUUCUUCUCUGGUAGGAACUUUGUCUUUCCAUCUCUGGGCCAGUAACAUCCGCACAGCCAUGGUCGCAUCCAUAGUCUUUUCUGCUCCCUCGGGAUUUCGGCACCUGAGUUCUGCAUCAUGUAAAGAAGUAUUUUUUUAUCUCUCAACCCCUUCGAAAAGCCACGCCUGUGGUCCAAUCCAUUGAUCAAUCAAUCAGUCUUUAUUACGGUCCAGAGACCCAACAAAUUGUUACAAAGCAAUGCACGAUUCAUACAGCCUACCUCCAGGUUAAACAAGCAUUUUGCUCAAAAGAUAGGGAUCAGUGGUUCUUGCAACCACUGAUAAAAACUUUGCCAUUGAAAGAGCCAGCUGUAUUUAGAAGGCCAUCAUGGCAUCAUGUGGCAGAGAGUCCCACAGGUGUAUCAGUAAGAGCUGCACCUGUCGGCUUCUCUCAGUUUAAUGGGUUAAUCAGCAAGAGUCCAAAUUGGACAGAUUAGUUGCCAGUUUGAAACCAGAAACCUAAUACUACUACUACUACUACUACUACUACUACUACUACUACUACUAAUAAUAAUAAUAGAUUAUUUAUACCCUGACCAUCUGGCUGGGUUUCCCCAGCCACUCUGGGCGGCUUCCAACAAACCACUAAAAUACAAUAACCUAUUAAACAUUAAAAGCUUCCCUAAACAGGGCUGCCUUCAGGUGUCUUCUAAAAGUUUGGUAGUUAUUUUUUUCUUUGACAUCUGGAGGGAGGGUGUUCCAUAGGGUGGGUGCCACCACCGAGAAGGCCCUCUGCCUGGUUCCCUGUAACCUCACUUCUCGCAGGGAGGGAACCACCAGAAGACCCUCAGAGCCGGACCUCAGUGUCUGGGCAAAACAAUGGGGGUGGAGAUGCUCCUUCAGGUCUACUGGGCCGAGGCUGUUUAGGGCUUUCAAGGUCAGCACCAACACUUUGAAUUGUGCUCGGAAACGUACUGGGAGCCAAUGUAGGUCUUUCAAGACUGGUAUUAUGUGGUCUCGGCGGCCGCUCCCAGUCCCCAGUCUAGAUGCCGCAUUCUGGAUUAAUUGUAGUUUCCGGGUCACCUUCAAAGGCAGCCCCACGGAGAGCGCAUUGCAGUAGUCCAAGCGGGAGAUAACCAGAGCAUGCACCACUCUGGCGAGACAGUCUGCGGGCAGGGAGGGUCUCAUCCUGCGUACCAGGUGGAGCUGCCCUGGACACAGAAUUGACCUGCGCCUCCAUGGACAGCUGUGAGUCCAGAAUGACCCCCAGGCUGUGCACCUGGUCCUUCAGGGGCACAGUUUCCCCAUUCAGGACCAGGGAGUCCCCCACACCAGCCCGCUUAGUCCUGGUUCGAGUCUGUUCAUUUUUUAGUCUGCUUUGGAGUGAGCAAGAGGCUGUCUCUGCCCUAGACAUUGAAAGCAGCAACAUUUCCCCUUUCGCCCCACCUCGCAUUUUACCUCAGCCUCCCCACUUUUCUCACAUUCUCACUCUCCCCCUCCCACCCUACAUUUUACCUCAGUUCUCCCCAUAUUUACCCCUUCAUUUCCCCUUUCACCUCCCCUUGCAUUUCACCUCAGCCUCCCCACUUACCCCCCUAUCCUGCCCCCGUUUUACCUCAGUCCUCCCCACAUCCACCCCCUUCGCUUCCCCUUUUACCCCACCUCGCAUUUCCCCUCAGCCUCCCCACUUUCCCCUCACAUUCCCAUUUCUCCCCCCUCCCAUUUUACCUCAGUCUCCCCACUUUUCCCUCUCAUCCCCACUUUCCCCCCUCUCUCCCACCCCACGUUUUACCUCAGUUCUCCCCACAUCCACCCCUUCGCUUCCCCUUUCACCCCACCUCGCAUUUCACUUCAGCCUCCCCACUUUUCCUUCACAUUCCCCCCCCCCCGUUCCCUCCCAUUUUACCUCAGUUCUCCCCAUAUUUACCCCUUUCUCCCCAUAUUUACCCCUUCAUUUCCCCUUUCACCCCACCUCGCAUUUCACCUCAGCCUCCCCACUUUCCCCCGCUCCCCCCCACGUUUUACCUCAGUUCUCCCCAUAUUUACCCCUUUCUCCCCAUAUUUACCCCUUCAUUUCCCCUUUCACCCUCCCUCGCAUUUCACCUCAGCCUCCCCACUUUUCCUUCAUUCCCCCCCCGUUCCCUCCCAUUUUACCUCAGUUCUCCCCAUUUUUACCCCUUCGCUUCUCCUUCCACCCUUCCUCUAUUUUACCUCAGUUCUCCCCCUAUUUACCCCUUCAUUUCCCCUUUCUCCCCUCCCUCCCAUUUCACCUCAGUCUCCCCACUUUUGCCCCCUCCCCACAUUUUACCUCAGUUCUCCCCACAUCCACCCCUUCGCUUCCCCUUUCACCUCAGCCUCCCCACUUUCCCCCGCUCCCCCCCACGUUUUACCUCAGUUCUCCCCCUAUUUACCCCUUCAUUUCUCCUUUCUCCCCUCCCUCGCAUUUCACCUCAGUCUCCCCACUUUUGCCCCCUCCCCCCAUUUUACCUCAGUCCCCCCACAUCCACCCCUUCGCCUCCCCUUCCACCCCCCCUCCCUUCCCCUCACCCGCUCCUCACCUGCCUUCUCCCUCACCUGCCUCGCACCUUCCCCUCCCGCCCCCCUCUCUCUCCCCCCCACCCCAGAAUCUACCCCCCUCCUCCCUUCCCUCUUGCCUCCUCCCCCUCCCCCUUCCAUCUCCUGCGCGUAGGAGCCAAUCAGCGGGCGGCUCCACAUCCGGGGCUCUCCCCCCCCCCCUCGGCCGUUCGCACUCUCGGCUAUGGCGGAGGUGAGUGUGUGUUUGAGUGUCAAGAGCGGGGGGGGGGGGAGAGAAAAGUCGGGUCUCUCCUCCAUCCCCCUCCCCACCCCCAAAAGGGAGAGGGGGGCACCGAGGUGGGGGUGGGGUUUGCAUUUGUUUUGGGGGGGCUGCUUGAGGGAGAAGUGGUGGGGUGUGUGUUUUGGGGGGGGGUCUUCCAGGUAGGCAGGUGAAGACGUGCCUCUUAUUUUUGGGGGGGUCGACUUUUGAGGGGGGCUUAAUGGGGUGCAGGGGCGAGGAUGGAGCAGUUGUGACUUUUCUGGGGCUGGCCGAGGAUUUGGCAGCUGGAGUUUUUUUUGGGGGGGUGGGGGGUCGGGUGGGGGUUCAACCCACACUUUUAGGUGGCCCAACCUACACUUAGGGGGCCCAGGAGUGUCGACGUGACAAGUUUGGGGCUCCCAGGGGGUGUUCCUGGGGCGCUGCAACGAUUUGGGGGUGCAGCCCCCGGCUAUGAAGAAUCAGGAAUGUGCUGUUGGGGGGGGGGGAGGUCUCAGUAAAAACUUUGGGGUGCAGGAAUGGGGGGCUUUUCUUGGGGGGCAACAAAAACUUCGGGGUUCUGCUAGUUGUGAAGUGGCUGGACCUUUUGGUGGGGGUUCGGUUUUGGGGUGCUGUUGGGCCGGGGGUAUUUUAUGGGGGGCAGCGAUGGCUUAGGGGGCAGCUGAUGGCCAUGGAGACAAUUCUGGGUCUCUCAAGAAGCCUAGCAAAGAUUUAGGGGUUCGGAGAAGUGUGUUUUUAUGAGUGGUGCCUGCAGAACUUUGCAUUGGAUUUUUUGGGGGGGGGUUAAGUAGUGACUGUGCAGCAGCAGCUGGAAUUUUGUGGGGUGCAUGUAGCUUAUACCUGCAAGGACUUGGUUUUGCAGAGGUUUUUUGGGGGGGCAGUCUGCUAGGCCACAGGGGAAGUUGCUGGUGGAGACGGUGCAAUUUUGUGGGUUGCGUAGAGCAAGCUUUUGGGGUUGCACAGGAGAGCAACGAAAACAGCUGGAGCUCUGGAGGGAACAAAUUUGGGGUGUUUUGGGGCCAGCUGAGACUUCGAGGGUCGCACUGCAUCACUUGUGGAUUCAACCUGGUGGAGCGAAGUUCUUGCGACUUGAGAGGAGUUUCAAGGGGUGUGGCUGGACCGAGGUUGUGAGUUCGAAUUGCCAUGCUUUUUUGGGGGGGGGUGAGGAACUUACGGGAACGACCCUGUAAAAAGGCAUACAUGGGGGAGUGGGAAUUAAGAGUCCAGGUGGCAGUGGAUUCUGGAAGAGGCACGAUUGACUUUUUAUAGAAAAGGGCAAAUUUGGGAGUGUCGGUGGUGGAGAAUAUUUUGCUGCUUUGGGGGCUGGAGGGUGGUGCAACAUAGGCUGGAAUUGGGGGGCAGAAAGCGAUCGGUGUGGGAAGUGGUAGAGGCAUACCUGAGGCUAAGGAGGCAACAGGCAACAUCCCAAGAGUGAUUUAAAAAAUAAAGGGACCCCUGACCAUUCGGUCCAGUCGUGGCCGACUCUCGGGUUGCGGCGCUCAUCUCGCUUUAUUGGCCGAGGGAGCCGGCGUACAACUUCUGGGUCAUGUGGCCACUAGGACUAAGCCGCAUCUGGCGAACCAGAGCAGCGCACGGAAACGCCGUUUGCCUUCCCGCCAGAACGGUACCUAUUUAUCUACCUGCACUUUGACGUGCUUUCAAACUGCUAGGUUGGCAGGAGCAGGGACCGAGCAACGGGAGCGCACCCCGUCGCGGGGAUUCGAACCGCCGACCUUCUGAUCAGCAAGUCCUAGGCUCUGUGGUUUAACCCACAGCGCUACCCGCGUCCCUCAAGAGUGAUUUAAGGCCCGUUAAAUGUGCAUCUAUAUCACUUCCCACCCAAAAAACCCCCCAAACACCCCAGAGUGACUUAUUGAGCAAGGUGCAAGAGAUGUUGUGAUGGCUGGUGACACUUGGGGGCUGAACCCUAAUGCAACUAGGUCUGUGAAGAAUUAAGGGGGGUUUUAAAUUGCAGGUGCUUUCGAAGGUCAAGCCAACUUUGUUUGGGACCCUUGGUGGAGGCUGCUGCUGGUGGGUCAUGUUUUGGGGGCCUGCCUUGAGGGUUGCAGGGGUUUGGGAGGGGUACAGAUGGAGGCCAAGAUCGUAUGGGAAUGACUGAGAAGCGAUGAUUAGAAAAUGGUAGAGGAAUUCCUUUUUUUGUUUGGUAAGGGUCUCACCGUUUAAACGGUGUUUCCGUUCGCUGCUCUGGUUCGCCAGAAGCGGCUUAGUCAUGCUGGCCACAUGACCCGGAAGCUGUACGCCGGCUCCCUCGGCCAGUAAAGCGAGAUGAGCGCUGCAAACCCAGAGUCAGUCACGACUGGACCUAAUGGUCAGGUGUCCCUUUACCUUUUUAAGGGUCUCACAAGAAACAGAAAAUAGGUGAUAAUAGAGGAAGUCAGAUGGAUAGCAUGUUGUUGUUAUUAUUAUUAUGUCGUACAACAACGUUGGAUUGUGAGUGUUUCACUUAAAAGCUGCCAUUGUUGGCUUCCGUGCCCUAUACAUUUGCUCUCUCUGAUAAGUUUUUUUUGGGGGGGGGUGCAGAACGCAGAUGUAAACAAAGGGGUCAUGUCGGUUCUUGAAAAUGGACUCUGCCCAUGCUUCUGAUCUGGGUGCCGAAUCGCACCACUGGUGCCAUGGGCUUCCCCUGGGAAAUACACACACACACACACGUGUUUGGUCCUCUAAGGCAGGGGCAGCCAAUGCAAUACCUUCCGGAAGUUGUGGGGACUACAGAUCUCAUCGUCCUCUGUUAGUGCGGCAGUGGACCGGGAUGAUGGGAGUUGUAGUCCAAAAAAAAAUGUGGAAGGCACCAUAUCGACACCCCUGCUGUAAGGUCUCCUGAAGUGGGACACUGAUUUCCAGUGAGAGGGUGUUGCGGCUGAGGUUGGGCCAACUUUGUAGGUUUUGGAGAACAUCUCUGGUGGAACCUUGAUGUCCAUGAGAAUGCUGACAUUGUGUGGCAUCAAGGGCCCAUCAUCACCCUCUUUGUCCCGUGCUGGUUGUUGCUGUGAAAGUGCUUCAAGAGGUCCGUGGAAACAGAGUGGGGUGAAAUGGUUGUCGUUUCUGGAUCCUACUCCUUCGGGAAUCAGGAUUGAACCAUGAUGGAAAUGGUAAAACACAUUCUUUUAAUUGAGAGCUGCUCCUCGUCCUCCCAAGAACAGAUUGGAGCCUUAAGAUCACACUUAAAGCUGAGGGCUCGAUGGCUUACUGGGAUUUCGCUGGGAUAUAACUGAGUUCAUUCUCUCCAGAUGUUGUUGUUGUUGUUGUUUAGUCGUGUCCGACUCUUUGUGACCCCCCUGAACCAGAGCACGCCAGGCACUCCUGUCUUCCACUGCCUCCCGCAGUUUGGUCAAACUCAUGCUGGUCUCUUCGAGAACACUGUCCAGCCAUCUCGUCCUCUGUCGUCCCCUUCUCCUUGCGCCCUCCAUCUUUCCCAACAUCAGGGUCUUUUCCAGGGAGUCUUCUCUUCUCCUGAGGUGGCCAAAGUCUUGGAGCCUCAGCUUCAGGAUCUGUCCUCCCAGUGAGCACUCAGGGCUGAUUUCCUUCAGAAUGGAGAGGUUUGAUCUUCUUGCAGUCCAUGGGACUCUCAAGAGUCUCCUCCAGCACCAGAAUUCAAAAGCAUCAAUUCUUCGGCGAUUAGCCUUCUUUAUGGUCCAGCUCUCACUUCCAUACAUCACUACUGGGAAAACCAUAGCUUUAACUAUACGGACCAUUGUUGGCAAGGUGAUGUCUCUACUUUUUAAGAUGCUGUCUAGGUUUGUUGCUGGACUCCAACUCCCAUCAUCCCCGACCGUUAGCCAUGCUGACCGGGGCUGAUGGGAAUCGGAGUCCCACAGCAUCUGGAGGUUCCCUACCAGAACAGUAGCGGAAAUUGCUCUGUUGUUUUCAAAUGAAGACAGAAGCACGGGUGCUGCUUUCAGGCGAUCCAAUGGUUUGGAACAUCGAAGCAAGCAAAUGCAAGAGUGAGGAUAUGGUUUAAUACGCCCCACUUGCCUUGUGCUCUCAUAAGAACAUAAGAAGAGCCUACUGGAUCAGGCUAGUGGUCCAUUUGCUCCACCAUCCUUUCUCCUCACAAGGGCCAAGCAGAUGUCUACAGGACCCAAAUGCAACUCUCCUCCUUUCUGUGGUUUUGCACUUGGCUAUUGGCCACUUGCGACCAGGUGAAGAUGCCCAGGUGCCAAGAUGGCUGGCAGCCUGACAUCUCCACCACCUGGAGGUGCGUGCCUGGGGGAUCCUUGGUUCUGGACCGUUUCCACACAAUCGUACCCCACCCUGUAGAAUUUCUGCCCAUUAUAUUUCACCUGUAUGAGCAGAAUGAAUUUCGGGAGCAAAAUGGAAAAAGACAACUUUUGCCCAGCCCCACAAAUGGCAACUAGGCAUUCCGUUUUGUAACCCUGGUUUAAGGGACGCAGGUGGCGCUGUGGGUUAAACCACAGAGCCCUAGGACUUGCCGAUCAGAAGGUGGGCAGUUCAAAUCCCUGCGACGGGGUGAGCUCCCGUUGCUUGGUCCCUGCUCCUGCCCACCUAGCAGUUCGAAAGCACGCCAGUGCAAGUAGAUAAAUAGGUACCGCUCCAGCGGGAAGGUAAACGGCGUUUCCGUGCGCUGCUCUGGUUCGCCAGAAGCGGCUUAGUCCUGCUGGCCACAUGACCCGGAAGCUGUACGCUGGCUCCCUCGGCCAGUAAAGCGAGAUGAGCGCUGCAACCCCAGAGUCGGUCACGACUGGACCUAAUGGUCAGGGGUCCCUUUACCUUUAACUCUGGUUUAGGGAGCCAUUUGGUGCCUAGCUUAUAUAUGAGUUUCUACCACUGCUUUUAACCGUAAAGUUCGGCUCGCUCGGGAAGGGAGCCUCAGCUCAGCGUAUCUGACUCAAGACUCCUCUGAAAUCUGCCCCCACCGCUGACGAGCACUGAAUGAUCACAAAGUUAAGACUUUGUCCUCAGAACCUUCUCAUCAUUUUGGUUGUCUGAAUCAUGGUUCGUUAUUUUUAAUCACAAUUUAAAAUCUUAAGUUCCCAGGGUGGGUUAUAGCCAUUUAAACACUAUAUUAGUAUUGAAAGAGCAAUAUUAAGAACUGCUCCAGCAGCUCAGAAGUUACAGAAAUAAGAUGUGCCCUAAAAAAAAUGUGUGUGCACAGUGUCCUAAGCCAGGGUAUUAAUUAUUAGUCGCUUUCCCUCCCUCAUAAAUUUACGAAGAAAGGAACAUGGGCUGUAACUGGUCGCAUUUUGGUGGGAUCUUCCCCCUAGGUGAUGAUUCUGCAAUGGAACCCCUGGAAUCUCGACUUCCGUUGAAAAAAAGGAAGCAGGGAUAUAUUAGUAACGGAUCACUGGAAAAUAUCGCACGUUAGCCUGCAGAUACUAAAUGGGCUAAGGAUUUUAUUUAUGUUAAGUGAUGAAUUACCGUAUUUUUUGCUCUAUAAGGCUCACUUUUUCCCUCCUAAAAAGUAAGGGGAAAUGUGUGUGCGUCUUAUGGAGCAAAUGCAGGCUGCGCAGCUAUCCCAGAAGCCAGAACAGAAAGAGGGAUUGCUGCUUUCACUGUGCAGCGAUCCCUCUUGCUGUUCUGGCUUCCGAGCUUCAGAAUAUUUUUUUUUCUUGUUUUCCUCCUCCAAAAACUAGGUGCGUCUUGUGGUCUGGUGCGUCUUAUAGAGCAAAAAAAUACGGUAAUAUGUUUAAUUCCAUAAGGUGAAGAUCUAAGGAUGUUAAUGUUUAAGUUAAAUUUCAUAAAAAUUGGUAUUUGGAAAACCAUUAAAAGGACAUGCAAUGAAAUUCAACUAAGGGGAAGCGAGGAAGUCACUUAACAAAGUUAAUAACUGUAAUUUUCAAUAAGGCUAUGAUUUAUGUUUGUCUGUUUUAUGUGUGUGUUUGUUUAUAAUAUUGUGAAAACUAAUAAAAAAAAUGGGGAGGGAGAAGGAAAAUAUCGCACAUUUUAGGAAACCUUCUGCAAUGAAGAGUUUUUACAGGAUUUCCAGUAUUCAGAUUUGGUGCACGUUCUAGUUUGGAGCCGCCACCAGCACUUUCCAAAUAAAAGUGGGGGGGGGGGAGGAUAAUGUCAAUAAAUAAAAUAGCUGCAAAGAAGCCCCUGCUCUGAGAGGAGGAGGAGGAGAGCCUCUCAUGGAAACUCUCAGGUCGAAACUUUUGUUCCGACUCCCAUUCCUGGCAUCCAUUGGAUUCUUUCCGCAAGCAGACAGGGUGGUCUCUGGUGAGAAUACACCGCCGGCUACUAAUGAGACACCAGGGACUAGCGCAUUGCAGCACACAUUGAGUGCCUGCCUUUAAGUUGGGAGGCAGCCUCCUUUGCAAAGUUUUCCUGGUAGGCAGGGAGCUCUUAUUCCCAUGGUUGCCUUGUAAAAUCCGGCGCUCCGUCUCUGCAGAAGCUCUCUCUUCUUAAGAGGGCAAGGUGCGCCCUGCGACAUGCUCACUCUGGGCUGGGCAGCUUUCAAUGUCGAUCCCCUUCUGCAGCAAGGUGACUGUUUCCUUCGUGCGCUUCUUAAAACCGCUCGGGCCCAUUGACUACAGUGGUACCUCAGGUUACAUACGCUUCAGGUUACAGACUCCGCUAACCCAGAAAUAGUACCUCGGGUUAAGAACUUUGCUUCAGGAUGAGAACAGAAAUCGUGCGGCGGCGGCAGCGGGAGGCCCCAUUAGCUAAAGUGGUGCUUCAGGUUAAGAACAGUUUAAGGUUAAGAACGGACCUCCGGAACGAAUUAAGUACUUAAACCGAGGUACCAGCAGAGGCUUGACAACCAUAUGUCAGGAGUGCUCUGAUGGUGUUUCCUGAUUGGCAGGGGGUUGGACUCGAUGGCCCUUGUGGUCUCUUCCAACUCUAUGAUUCUAUGAUUCUACCACUGUAUCGUGAAGGAAUGGUGGAGAAUUAAGACUAGGGCAGGGAAGGUGGCUGCCAACUGCUGCCAACCUAGCAGUUCGAAAGCAUAUCAAAGUGCAAGUAGAUAAAUAGGUACCGCUCCGGCGGGAAGGUAAACGGCGUUUCUGUGUGCUGCUCUGGUUCGCCAGAAGCGGCUUAGUCAUGCUGGCCACAUGACCCGGAAGCUGUCUGCGGACAGACGCCGGCUCCCUCGGCCUAUAGAGCGAGAUGAGCGCGCAACCCCAGAGUUGGUCACGACUGGACCUAAUGGUCAGGGGUCCCUUUACCUUUACUAGGGAAGGUGGCGGAGAACCGGGUGGUUGGAGGGAGGGGGGCAAAAGGAAGGAGAAAAUGAGGAAGGGUCACAACCCCAUGGGCUGUUUUCUUAUGGCACGGCCGGACGCAGCGAGCGCCUCUCAGUGUCAGCCACUGGGAAUCGAAAGUUGCUGUGCCACCUUUUUCCAGUGUGUUUUCCUGUUGCCUUCCUUACCACGAAAGGCUGAUAUUCUUUGGGCGUGUGGUGUUAAAGUGGCUUUAAUUUCAUCCCAUCAAUUUUAUUUAUUUAUAUACAGCUUUUCUCCCAGUACGGGACCCCGGGCAGCUCAUGGCAUAAAUUGAAACAGCUGAAAACACAGCAGUUGAUAGGAACAUGACACACACACACACACAGAAAGUUUGCGAGGAGGGAACGCGGUCCUUGAACUUAGAAUAGUUCCCUACUCCUGGUUUCAUAGAAAAAGCAGGGUCUUGAAUCCUAUAAGGUAAAGGUAAAGGGACCCCUGACCAUUAGGUCCAGUCGUGACCAACUGGGGUUGCGGUGCUCAUCUCGCUUUACUGGCCGAGGGAGCCGGCAUACAGCUUCCAGGUCAUGUGGCCAGCAUGACUAAGCCGCUUCUGGCGAACCAGAGCAGCACACGGAAACGCCGUCAGAUUGGCAAGUCCUAGGCUCUGUGGUUUAACCCACAGCGCCACCCGCAUCCCUUUGAAUCCUAGAAAGGCAUAGAUAAAUACUAACUAUGUGUCCUGCUUUUCUUUUUUAAAGGCCUCAGUUGGGAGGCAGAGUCCAAGGGUUGUGUCCUACCCUGCGCGGAACUUAUGUCCUGGGAGACCCAGCCUUCAUACCACGGCAGGUACGGAGAUCUUGAAUCUACCUAGUGCCAGGUACUGCAGGACUUCUGCCUUUCCCCCCUCCUCCGUCACCUGGCUCUCACCUCUGCGGGAAGGUGGGUCGCUGAGCAUCCGCUCUGUAUUCAUCCACCUUGUCCCUGGUUUCCAUUGGCUCUGAACCAGGGUGAGGACCUUGUCAGGCUCCCGACCUCCUGUCUGUUCAGAAAAGGCUUUCCCCUUUCCUGAAAUGGAGGAAUGCAAGAGAUGGAAGAAUGUCUCUAAUAAUAAUAAUAAUAAUAAUAAUAAUUUAUUAUUUAUACCCCGCCCAUCUGGCUGGGUUUCCCCAGCCACUCUGGGCAGCUUCCAACAGAAUAUUAAAAUACAAUAACCUAUUAAACAUUAAAAGCUUCCCUAAACAGGGCUGCCUUCAGAUGUCUUCUAAAAGUUUGGUAGUUGUUGUUCUCUUUGACAUCUGGUGGGAGGGCGUUCCACAGGGCGGGCACCACAACUGAGAAGGCCCUCUGUCUGGUUCCCUGUAAGCUCACUUCUCGCAAUGAAGGAACUGCCAGAAGGCCCUCGGAGCUGGACCUCAGUGUCCAGGCAGAACGAUGGGGGUGGAGAUGCUCCUUCAGGUAUACUGGACCGAGGCCGUUUAGGGCUUUCAAGGUCAGCACCAACACUUUGAAUUGUGCUCGGAAACGUACUGGGAGCCAAUGCAGGUCUUUCAGGACCGGUGUUAUAUGGUCUCGGCGGCCGCUCCCAAUCACCAGUCUAGCUGGCGCAUUCUGGAUUAGUUGUAGUUUCCGGGUCACCUUCAAAGGUAGCCCGUUUACAAUUCCUCCCGAGACAGGGGGAAUUCCUCUUCUCAGAUUAGGGACAUUAGCCAGGUGCGUUCUGCGACUGACACGGGUCCAACUGCAAACACGUGGAGAUGUCUGGGUGCCGGGUUGGCAACUGAUGUCUCCGUCUGGCUUAGCCCUUCCAGUGUUCUUAAGCAGAACAGCAGAAGAAUGUAUUUAUUGCAUUUAUCUCCCUCCCUUUUCUCCAAGGAGUACAUGGCUCACUCCCCCCUCCUCAGUUAAUCCCUACAACAACCCUGUGAAGUAGGUUAGGAGGCUGUGAUCUGACUCCAAGGUCACCCAGUGAGCUCCAUGAUGGAGUUCAGAUUUGAACCCAGAUCUCCCAGGUACUAGUCUGACACUCUAACCACCAUACUCCACAGGCUUCCUAGAGUCCUUCUGCUAGGGGGCACUUCUAUAAAUUACCGUAUUUUUCGCUCUAUAGGAUGCACUGGACCAUAGGACGCACCUUGUUUUAGAGGGGAAGAACAAGAAAAAAAAUUUCUCCCCCUCUCUGCUCAGUGCCCCUUCAGCGAAGCGGCAGGAGAUACGGAGCCCCUUCCAUUUCUCCUCCCGCUUGGCUGAAGGGGCACUGCGCAGCUCUCCCUCUCCUGAAGCCGGGAGAGUCUUGCUGUCCUGGCUUCAGCGAAAGAACCUGAAGCCUGUGGAGUGCAGCGGGAACUCGUGGCGGCUAUCCCUGAAGCCUGGAGAGCGAGAGGGGUCGGUGCGCACUGACUCCUCUCGCUCUCCAGGCUUCAGCGAAAGCAACGCGAAGCCUCCGGAGUGCGGAGGGAGCGCUCCCUCUGCGCUUCGGAGGCUUUGCGUUGCUAUCACUGAAGCCAAGGAGCCUGCAUUCGCUCCAUAGGACGCACACACAUUUCCCCUUCAUUUUUGGAGGGGGAAAAGUGCGUCCUAUAGAGCGAAAAAUACGGUAAGUAGGUGAACAAGUAUGAGCAAAGCAAAAUGUCGCUUAGAGAAGGAUCUGAAAUAUCUUCCUUGAAGACUGAAUUUGUUUUAUUUUGAGUUUUAUUUAAAGUUGUGUUGCAAGCUGCUUUAAGGAUUUCCCCCCCUCUAAAUAAAAAGCCUUCAUUUCAUAUAAAUGAAAUGAAGAAGAAGAGAUUUCAUUUUUGGGGGGAGACGCCUAGACAUUUCAUUGUGGCAAACAUAAAAGUUCAAGGUGGCAUUUGACAAUUAGCUUAUAUUAUCUGAGUUUCUAACACAGCCCUUUGGUAAGAGAUGGAUUGGUACCCUAGCGGUGGUGAGCCUUUUCUGUGGUGGCUCCACGCCUUGCAGAAUCACCUCCCCUAAGAAAGGUGCCCAACACCAGACUGUUGUUUUGAUCUAUGUUUAGAUUGACUCGACUAACUCCCUCCUUUUAAGAUUUUUUUUCAACCUUUGCUAUAUUUUGCUGCAUAUUUCAACCAUUGCUAUACAGUCGCACCUUGGAAGUCGAAUGGAAUCCAUUCCGGAAGUCGAUCCAACUUCUAAAACAUUUGGAAACCAAAGCGCGGCUUCUGAUUGGCUGCUCCUGCAGCCAAUUGGAAGCCGCACCGAACAGCUAAUUGGAAGCCGCACCGAACAUUUGGCUUCUGAAAACCGGAACACUCACUUCCGGGUUUCGUUCGUUGGGGAGCCGAUUUGUUCAGGAGCCAAGGCGUUUGAGAUCCAGGGCACGACUGUAUUUUGCUGCAAAUUUCCCUUGCCAUGGCGGCAUACCCCGAAGGGCCGUUUUGCAAAAGCAACACCCCCCUUUUUAAUCACUGAAACAGCCAGGCAGGAGAUUUCCUCCCAGCCCUGGUGCUAUGUCGCUGCUCGUGUGAGGAGUGUUCUUCGAAAUGAACCUGCUUAAUUGUUCCAAACGUCGUUCCAUGCAGUGGUGUCUAUGGGCUCAGGUGACCACCGCUUCAACCUGGCUGAGAUCCUUUCCCAGAACUACGGUGUGCGGGAAGAGACUGAGGAAGAUCAGCGGCAGGAACACUCACAGGGGAAAGCGAAGCCUUUGGAGGAGCUAGAGAAGAGCUUCAAUGCCUCCCAGGUAAGGCACUUUGUGUGUUUUUUCUCCUCUCUCUUUUGAAUAGAUUUUAUUAAAGUUUGGAAAAAGAAACACAGUGGUACCUCUGGUUGCGAACAGGAUAAAGCGAGAUGAACGCGCACCCCCAGAGUCGUUCACGACUGGACCUAAUGGUCAGGGGUCCCCUUUACCUUUUAUGAUAUGUAAAAUGAACCAUGGAAAGAGAAGAAGGGAAGUCAUCAAUAUCUUAAGGAUGUAAAUUUAAGAAAAAAUUUACAGUGGUACCUCGGGUUACCUACGCUUCAUGUUACAUACGCUUCAGGUUACACACUCCGCUAACCCAGAAAUAGUGCUUCAGGUUAAGAACUUUGCUUCAGGAUAAGUACAGAAAUCGGGCUCCGGCGGCAGCGGGAGACCCCGUUAGCUAAAGUGGUGCUUCAGGUUAAGAACAGUUUCAGGUUAAGAACAGACCUCCGGAACGAAUUAAGUAUUUAACCCGAGGUACCACUGUAUAUGACACAGCUGGGUGGGUCCAGCGGCCUCACUGCGUCAAGGCAGCUUCCUAUCUCCCUAUAGUUUCCCAUGACAUGCAUGCUGGUUCAGCUGCCAAAUCUGCCCCCUUGAUGCUCUGCCCGGCCGGCGUAGCUCCGGGGGUAGGGAGCCCCUUCCCUUCCUGACAAAGUUCUCCUGCCGUUCAGAACUCUGAAAUGCCGUUUGAGGAAUUGCUUGCGCUCUACGGCUACGAGGCCUCUGACCCCAUCUCUGAGCAGGACAGCGAGAGCAACGAUGCCUCCCCCAACCUUCCAGACAUGACCCUAGAUAAGGUAAGUCCCGUUUCCCCUGCCAGCCGCCUUUCCCUGCUUCCUUUUUUUAAAAAAAAUGAUAUUUAUUAAAGUUUCAAAGAAAAGAUUACAUAGAUAAAAAGAAAAGAGAAAGAAAAAGAAAUCAAAAAGAAAAAAUACAAAAUACAGAAAAAAGAUUAAAAAAAACACUUUAAAAAAAACCACAUCGAUCUUUCCAUAACUUACAUUUCAUUACUUUACUUCCCUGACUUCCUCACACCUCCCUUUUUUGUAUUCCCGUUCUAUUAGUUAAUUCAGCAAUUCCUUUCCCUCUUUGUUUUUGUCUUAAUCCUUUAACUUAAUAUAUUAUAACUUUGAAUUCUCAUCUGUUAACAAUCCAUUUUUACAUACACCUUUAUAACAUUGCUGCUAAGACCACUUAAUUUCAUUCUGACAUCAUUCUAACAGUCAUUAAUUUUGUAGUAUUUCUGUAAAUAAUCUUUAAAUUUCUUCCAAUCUUCUUCCACCGACUCUUCUCCCUGGCCUCGGAUUCUGCCAGUCAUUUCCGCCAGUUCCAUAUAGUCCAUCACCUUCAUCUGCCAUUCUUCCAGAGUGGGUAAAUCUUGUGUCUUCCAAUACUUUGCAAUAAGUAUUCUUGCUGCUGUUGUAGCAUACACGCCUUUCCCUGCUUCCAGUCCUCAUGGGGGUCACCUUUAAGGGGAGAAGCACAGCGACAGAAACCGAGAUAUGAAAAUGGCACCUUAAACCCAAGUUGUGGGCGCAACAAGGUGCGCUUUUUUAAUAACAAGAAUUUGAACCUCCGUUUGUGUACAGCCUUUGCUUAUGCCUCCUGCUGCUUGGACACGAAGGGAAGCAGACAUGUUUGUCCUGAUGCUGAAUAAAAUCCCUGUAAAUACGCUUUACACAGCCUCUCUCUGCCCUUCCAUUCACCCGGCUGCCAGCCGGUGGGCUGGAGCCAGCUGGGGGCCUGUCAAUUGCCCCCCUUUCCUUGGACACGUCCCAACAGCGCCACCCGCAUCCCCAAGCUAGAAGUUCGAAAGCACACCAGUGCAAGUAGAUAAAUAGGUACCGCUGAAGCGGGACAUCACGCUGCAGUUUGUGUGGCUGCUGACAGGUGGCGCCGUUUACCAGGCCAGGAUGCAAAUUAACAUCAUUUAAAUAGAGGCCUGUGGUUUUAACAGCCGCCCAUUAUUUCAAGCCGACGUCCUCGCUCUCGUUUGGCACAGCCUUCGCCAACCUAACGCCCCCUGGUCAUUGUUGGACUAUGACUCCCAUCAGUGCCAGCCCAGGAGUUGUAGUUCGACAACAUUGUGAUGUUGUGCCAGGUUGCCAAAUGCUGUUGUUGUUUAGUCGUGUCCAACUCUUUGUGACCCCCUGGACCAGAGCACGCCAGGCACUCCUGUCUUCCACUGCCUCCCGCAGUUUGGUCAAACUCAUGCUGGUCUCUUCGAGAACACUGUCCCACCAUCUCGUCCUCCGUUGUCCCCUUCUCCUUGUGCCCUCCAUCUUUCCCAACAUCAGGGUCUUUUCCAGGGAGUCUUCUCUUCUCAUACAAAGCUGAAAAUGAACGAACUGCAGCUAAAAUAUUGUGUUCGUUUUUUUCACACGGUCUAGUCCUUCCCCUGCCCACCCCCCUAAUAUUCUUAAGAGGGUCUCUUCUCCGGUCUUCAGAGAGUAGAAGUGAGGAGGCAGAAAAAGUCCUCCUUUCCUUCCACUCAGCUGUUUUAAUCUGAAAUCUUAGGCCCACAGCUCAGAAACGGCUUGCGCUAAUGAAAUUCCCUGUUGCAAAAUUUGUCUAGAACAGUGGGAGUUUUGAACACUGGAGAAGCACGGGGACCCACAAGCCCUUUGAGGUGCCCCCUCCCCUUUUCAGAAAGGGUGUGGGGUGAAUCCCCAAUGAGGAAAGUGUGCGGUGUUUUGGACUUUUUUAGCUUAGGGAAAAGGCAAGUUAAGAGGUGGCACGGUAUUUAUUACAGUGGACCCGUGGAUUAUGUUACCUUCAGGUAACGUAACUUUCGGGUUGCCAACGCGGCAAGCCCGGAAGUAUAUACUUCCAGGUUUCGCUGCAUGCGCAGAAGUGGCGCCUCAUGUUGCAGACUUUUCGGGGUACGCAAGGGACGCGGGUGGCGCUGUGGGUUAAACCACAGAGCCUAGGACUUGCCGAUCAGAAGGUCGGCGGUUCAAAUCCCCGCAAUGACGGGGUGAGCUCCCGUUGCUCAGUCCCUGCUCCUGCCCACCUAGCAGUUCGAAAGCACGUCAAAGUGCAAGUAGAUAAAUAGGUACCGCUCCGGCGGGAAUACGCAGGAGAAAUGAUUUGGAGGAGAUGUGGAAGGUGUUUGUAGAGUUUGUACUUUUAAAACGGAAAGGGGUCAAACCAUCGGAAGAGGUGUUGACAUUUUGGGAGGUUGGAUAGUUACAAUGGAAUGGUUUUGGUGGUGGGGUGCACAUUUUUAUUUUAUUAAUAUUACUUUGUCAAAAUAAAAUAAUUUAAAAAACAACAACACCCUUCCUUCCUUCCUUCCUUCCUUCCUUCCUUCCUUCCUUCUGGUCAGGAGCAGAUAGCAAAGGACCUGCUUUCUGGGGAAGAGGAAGAGGAGACGCAGUCUUCGGCCGACGACCUGACCCCUUCCGUCACCUCCCACGACGCCUCGGACCUUUUCCCCAACCAGAUGGGAUGUAAGUUUUCUCUGAAGUGUGUAGAUGCCUCGAGAAAAAGGGAGCAAAGGCAUAGUCGUAUUUAACACACACGCAAAGGAAAGGCCAGCUGGGACCCUUCCCCUGCUUUUGCUUCUCUCGGCUGGAUGCUGAGGUCCAGCACCGAGGGCCUUCUGGCGGUUCCCUCCCUGCGAGAAGUGAGGUUGCAGGGAACCAGGCAGAGGGCCUUCUCGGUGGUGGCGCCCUCCCUCUGGAAUGCCCUCCCAUCAGAUGUCAAGGGAAAAACCAACUAUCUUGACUUUUAGAAGACAUCUGAAGGCAGCCCUGUUUAAGGAAGUUUUUAAUGUUUGAUGCUGUAUUGUUUUUAAUAUUCAGUUGGAAGCUGCCUAGAGUGGCUUAUUAUUAUUUUAAUUGGUGGCUCUUUCCUAACGGGUUUUGUUUCUAUUUCUUUGUAUUUUACAACAAUGCUUUGAAACUCUGGGGGAGCCGCCUCAAAUCCUAACUUGGGAGAAAGGCAGAAUAUAAACACGAGAAGAAGUAGUAGUAGUAGUAGUAAUAAUAAUAAUAAUAAUAAUAAUAAUAAUAAUAAUAUAAACACAUGCAAUGACAGCAGCCGCAUCAAGAGUAGCAGCUAGCCAUCAAGCUGAGUGGAAAUACCACAUUUAGGGCAGUCUGCACCCAAAUUCCUUCCUUCCUUUAUCCGUUCGUUUAUAUCCCACCUUUUUACCUCCCAAGGAACUCAAGGGGGCAGACGUGCUUCUCCCCCUCCUCACUUAAUCCCCACAACAGCCCUGUGAGGUAGGCUUAGGCUGAGAGGCAGGGACCAGCCCAUCGUCGCUCACCCAGUGAGCUUCAUGUGGCUGGGAGGGGAUUUGAGCCCCUGUCUCUCCCAGGUACUCUUCUCUGUUUAAACCCCACAAUGACUCUGCAAGGCAGACUAGGCUGAGAGAGCCCCCCCCCCGGGUCCCCAAGUGAGCUUCAUGUGUCCGAGUGCAGUGGAUUUGAACCCUAGUCUCUGUCAGGCCCAGUUCACCUCGCCAGCUCUCUGCCUGCGGGCUUCUAGUAGACCCCUAUGGCAAAGAGGACAGCGGAAUUGACAGGCCUGCUCCGGACACAGGGCCCCUCUCUCUCGCUCCUUACGCCUUCCAGGCAUUGAGGUUGUCUCUUCACCUUCCUCCCUUUCCGGAAAAAAAAGCAAACUUCCUGGCUGAUGGAGGCAAAGGCCGCUGUUCCUCCCCGUGUGCUUCCUUCUCGGCCGAGGACUCGGAAGAAGACGCCAUCCCCGCCAACGAAUGCAAGAAGGUACGUCUUUGGGUCCGGUGGCGGGUGCUUGCCGUCCCCUGCCAAGGCACAUGGGAAACAGGGAGGGGGCCCUGGCUAAGAGGAAUUCUAAGAGAAGCUUCUUUCACCUGUUAAAGUAUUUGGCCAGUAUUGAAACAUUCAGGAGUGCUGUUAGCCAAUUGCCCGUUGUUGUUGUUGUUUAGUCGUGUCUGCCUCUUUGUGACCCCAUGGACCAGAGCCUGCCAGGCCCUCCUGUCUUCCACUGCCUCCCGCAGUUUGGUCAAACUCAUGCUGGUAGCUUCGAGAACACUGUCCCACCAUCUCGUCCUCUGUCGUCCCCUUCUCCUUGUGCCCUCCAUCUUUCCCAACAUCAGGGUCUUUUCCAGGGAGUCUUCUCUUCUCAUGAGGUGGCCAAAGUCCUGGAGCCUCAGCUUCAGGAUCCGUCCUUCCAGUGAGCGCUCAGGGCUGAUCUCCUUCAGAAUGGAGAGGUUUGAUCUUCUUGCAGCCCAUGGGACUCUCAAGAGUCUCCUCCAGCAGCAGAAUUCAAAAGCGUCCAUUCUCCAGCAAUCAGCCUUCUUUAUGGUCCAGUUCUCACUUCCAUACAUCACUACUGGGAAAACCAGAGCUUUAACUAUACGGACCUUUGUUGGCAUGGUGAUGUCUCUGCUUUUUAAGAUGCUGUCUAGGUUUGUCAUUGCUUUUCUCCCAAGAAAAUGCCCAUUAGGCUCUGUCUGUUUUUCGGGCAGACGUUUUCACAGCUCUGUUACGUUUUGCAGAUCUGCUGAAUCUUAAUCGAUAUGGGAGCUGCCCCUUCUCCCAUCUUCAGCCGACGUUUCCACCAGGCAGCUUGGAGGCCGAAAGGAUCUAGUUGAUCUCAGUAGGACUAGGUUUUUCAGGGCAGGUCUUUGAUCCCUUGCUGGCUUACAAUCGUACUUAAAACACUUCCUGGAAACCUUGCCCAUCCUGGUUUUCCCAAGGUUUGUGGUGGGACCUCUCUUGUGGCAUUCACCGUUUUCUUCCGUUCCUUCAGGAAGGGAUAAAUAAGCAGUCAGGAAAAUGGUUGGGGGAUCACUUCUGUUCCGGGCGAGGAACGGAAGAGUUGUGUCGCCUAUUGCCCUCUAUUGCUCCCAGGACGUUUCCGAGCACAAUUCAAACUGUUGGUGCUGAACUUUCAAGCCUUAAAUGGACAGGUGUGGAAGACUCCCUGGUCCUGAAUGGGGUCACUGUGCCCCUGAAGGACCAAGUGUGCAGCCUGGGGCUCAUUUUGGACUCCCAGAUGUCCAUGGAGGCGCAGGCCAAUUCUGGGUCUAGGGCAGCUGCCUACCAGCUCCAUCUGGUACGCAGGAUGAGACCCUCCCUGCCCGCAGACUGUCUCGCCAGAGUGGUGCAUGCUCUGGUUAUCUCCCGGUUGGACUACUGCAACGCGCUCUACGUGGGGCUACCUUUGAAGGUGACCCGGAAACAACAACUAAUCCAGAAUGCGGCAGCUAAACUGAUGACUGGGGGUGGCCGCCGAGACCACAUAACACCAGUCCUGAAAGACCUAUAUUGGCCCCAGUACGUUUCCGAGCACAAUUCGAAGUGUUGGUGCUGACCUUGAAAGCCCUAAAUGGCCUCGAUCCAGUAUCCCUGAAGAACAUCUCCACCCCCAUCGUCCAGCCCAGACACAGAGGUCCAUCUCCGAGGGCCUUCUGGUGGUUCCCUCCCUGCGAGAAGUGAGGUUACAGGGAACCAGGCAGAGGGCCUUCUUGGUAGUGGCGCCCUCCCAUCAGAUAUCAAGUAAAUAAACAACUACCGUAUCUGACUUUAAGAAGACAGCUGAAGGCAGCCCCAUUUAGGGGAGUUUUUAAUGUUUGAUAUUUUAUUGUGUUUUUAAUAUUCUGUUGGGAGACGCCCAGGGUGGCUGGGGAAAUCCAGCCAGAUGGGCAGGGUAUAAAUAAUAAAAUAUUGUUGUUGUUGUCUAUAUCUAGAUAGAUAGAUACAGGACGCAGGUGGCGCUAUGGGUUAAACCACAGAGCCUAGGACUUGCUGAUCAGAAGGUCGGCGGUUCAAAUCCCCGCGAUGGGGUGAGCUCCCGUUCCUCAGUCCCUGCUCCUGCCAACCUAGCAGUUCGAAAGCACAUCAAAUGCAAGUAGAUAAAUAGGUACCGCUCCGGCGGGAAGGUAAACAGCGUUUCCGUGCGCUGCUCUGGUUCGCCAGAAGCGGCUUAGUCCUGCUGGCCACAUGACCCAGAAGCUGUUCGCCGGCUCCCUCGGCCAGUAAAGCGAGAUGAGCGCCGCAACCCCAGAGUCGGCUACGACUGGACCUAAUGGUCAGGGGUCCCUUUACCUUUACCUAGAUAGAUAGAUAGAUAGAUAGAUAGAUAGAUAUGGAAGAGGUACUCCCCUCCCAGCUUACCUCCAAGAAGCAGGAGAGGCGAGGAAAGAUUGGUACACAACUACUGCCAAUUGAAUGAUCCUGCUGAUGUUAUUUGUUAUUAUUUCGCUCACAGGAGAUCAUGGUUGGUCCUCAAUACCAGGCGGCUGUUCCCCUCCUCCACCUGAACAGGCAUGGCGAAAAAGGUAGGCAAACCUUGGGCACUGACAUGCUCUGGACUUCAUCCCAGCCAGAGUUUUGUGUGUGUGUGUGUGUGUGUGUGUGUGUGUGCAUCUGCGUGUGUUCCAAGAGAACCAGGGGAGAGUAGAAUUUGGCUCCUGGGGAAAAGCCAGCAUCCUCUUUCUAAGAGAAGGAGCUUUUAUAUUUAAAAAAGCAUCCUUCGCAUUUGAUUCCUUGGCUGGUCGCCACAGGCGAGCAGGAAUUCCAUGCGGGCGAGCGGGCUCAGUGAAGGAGGCAUGCGCCUUUCCGUUCCUCCUGUUGCCACAACCCACUUGGUUCUGGGGAGGCUUCGGAGGGGAAGGUGUCCGCCCCACAGUCUGUGUCACUCAGCCGCCAGCCGGUUUAGGUAAAGGUAAAGGGACCCCUGACCAUUAGGUCCAGUCGUGGCCGACUCUGGGGUUGCAGCGCUCAUCUUGCUUUAUUGUACAGCUUCCGGGUCAUGUGGCCAGCAUGACUAAGCCGCUUCUGGCAAACCAGAGCAGCGCACGGAAACGCCGUUUACCUUCCCGCCAGAGUGGUACCUAUUUAUCUACUUGCACUUUGACGUGCUUUCGAACUGCUUAGGUGGGCAGGAGCAGGGACCGAGCAACGGGAGCUCACCCCAUCGCAGGGAUUCGAACCGCCGACCUUCUGAUUGCCAAUCCCUAGGCUCUGUGGUUUAACCCACAGCGCCACCCGCAUCCCACACCAGCCGGUUUAGUGGAAGGCAAAGUAUUUGCUUGGGGCCCUUGAUCUCAGACCCGCCCUCCGAUGUUUCCUCUCUCCCAGUCUACGAAAACGACGACCAGCUUCUUUGGGACCCAAACAUCCUCCCCGAGAGGGAAGUGGAAGAGUUCCUUUACCGAGCCAUAAAGAGAAGGUGGGACGAAGUCUCGAACGCCAGCCUUGCAGAGGGGGACACGGUCAAGGACAAUGAGCAAGUGAGUUCAGUGUUCAUUCCCAAACAGCGUGUGAGAUGGCAGUGUGCCAUGAGAUACAAAUCCAUCUUGAAAGCUCCUGUGAGCCCCAGCCCCUGCCGUCGCAGAAGAGUCUACCUGCAGCCUCUCUGCCUGAGUCUACUCCAUUCUUUCCUCUUCUUAGGCCCCAUCUGCACUCUAUAUGUUUAAAGCCGUUUCAUGCCACUUUAAACAGUCACGUCUUUCCCCAAAGUAUCCUGUAAAGCAGCGUUUCUCGAACUUGGGCCCCCAGCUGUUGUUGGACAAUUAAUUAACAAUAAUAAUGGUUUUAUUAUUUAUAGCAAUUAAAGGUAAAGGGACCCCUGACCAUUAGGUCCAGUCGUGGCUGACUCUGGGGUUGCGGUGCGCAUCUCUCUUUAUUGGCCGAGGGAGCCGGCGUACAGCUUCCUGGUCAUGUGGCCAGCAGGACUAAGCCGCUUCUGGCGAAACCAGAGCAGCACACAGAAACGCCGUUUACCUUCCCGCCAGAGUGGUACCUAUUUAUCUACUUGCACUUUGACGUGCUUUCGAACUGCUAGGUUGGCAGGAGCAGGGACUGAGCAACGGGAGCUCACCCCGUCAUUGCGGGGAUUCGAACCGCCGACCACCUGAUUGGCAAGUCCUAGGCUCUGUGGUUUAACCCACAGCGCCACCCGUGUCCCUUUUAUAGCAAUUAUAGCAAUACAAACACAAAACCAUACCCUAAAACCAUUAACAAGUUAGCAACAGGUUAUCUAUUAACUGUUUGGAAGGAUGUAAUCUUAAUUGCCUGCAUAGGCCUGGUGGAACAGAAACGUUUUCGGCAAGCGUUUAGAAAUUGUCACAGAAGGUUCCUGCUGGAACUCUAGUGGCAGGGCGUUCCACAGGACCGGACCGACGACGCUGAAGUUCCCCGCUUCUCUUAGACGUGCUUCCCUUUGCUCCACAGGCGCUGUACGAACUGGUAAAGUGCAACUUCAACGCCGAAGAGGCGCUGCGGAGACUCCGGUUCAACGUGAAGGUCAUUCGAGGUGAGAGAUUCCUGGGGGUAGGGAAUAAUUCCCCCUCCCCAGCCCUGCUGGCUUUCCCAAGUGAGACAGUAUCAACACAUCCUUCUCUCCAAGGAGCUUGGUGGAGGUGGGGGCGGGGAGAACUCCAUAGCUGUCAACUUACAGAUUUGAAAAUAAGGGACCAGCAGCCUCGAAAAUAAGGGAUCAGCAGCCAAAAUAAGGGAUUUUCCUAGCACAGGUAUGUUCAACUUCUGAGCCCCCUGAGCCAAAGGCAGAAAGCCCAGCCAGCAGCCAAACAAAGCCUCAAGCGGUGGUUCCAACAGCGCAGCAACCCGGCAAAGGGGAUGCAGCAAGGAAAACCACCAUUACCUCUCCGCUGGGAAGCGCUGAGCAAAGGCGAGUCCCCAGGCAACGCGGCCGAUUUGAUCGGCACAAGGCAUGCAAGCUCCACCCCCCAGUCGUUCUUAGGCUCCUUAUUGGGUGAGCAACGCAGCCAAGCAACACAGUUGGAGCCUCCCUCCUCCCUGGCCGGCAGGGAGGGAGGGAGAGGAGCUGCUUCCUUUGAAACCCGGGAAAUUUAAGGGACAUCAUCAGUAAGGGGCAGCAGCGGGACACGGCGCUGGGAUAAGGGACUUUCCCACCAAAUAAGGGGCGGUUGACAGCUAUGGAGAACUCUUCAGUCACACAGAGAAACAUCUAUUGGAGAAGUUCUGCAAACUUUCAGCAGGUGUCUCUCACAAAUAACUCCCCCCGUUGCCUCCGCUACAGAUGAGCUCUGUGCCUGGAGCGAAGAGGAAUGCAGGAAUUUCGAACACGGGUUCCGCGUCCACGGAAAGAACUUCCACCUUAUCCAAGCAAACAAGGUAGUUGGCCGUCGUGUGUAUGUCGCCCAGGACAGCGGGUCUCCCUGCAAUCACGAGUGAAGCCCGGGAAUAGAGGAAUAACCCUUUAAAAUGCCCAUAGAGCUGUAGGAGGAGAUCUGGGAGACUGUUUGCAAGUUCUGCUUCUAGCUCGAUGUGCUUUUCAAGGCUCGGAGCAAUUGUACUGGCUCUCGCACCCAGAUCCCUUGGAAAAUAAAGUGUUCAUGUAUGCAUGUACUGUCAUACCUCAGAAGUUGAAUGAAAUCCAUUCUGGAAGUCCGUUCGACUUCCAAAACGUUCGGAAACCAAAGCGCAGCUUCUGAUUGGCUGCAGGAAGCUCCUGCAGCCAAUCGGAAUCUGCGGAGCACCCGUCGGACAUUUGGGUUCCAAAAAACGUUCGCAAACCGGAACACUCACUUCUGGGUUUUGAUGGUUUGGGAGCCAAAACAUCCAUUCGGGAUCCAAGGUAUUACUGUAUGAGCUUUCUCUAUUUCUGUCUCUAGGAGAGGGGAGGGGGUGGGUGGGGUCGGUCUCAAGACCUCCAGGGCUGACCCGAAGUUUUCCUUCAGGUGGGCAGGAAUGUCUUAAUUCUUUUGCAUUUUUGCUUAGUUAAGAAGACUGCGUGCAGCUUGCAAGGUUCAGCCCAGCGGGAACUUGGGUCUCAAGUUUGGUCCCUGAAAUCUCGGACUGGGAUGUUCCUGAACUGGCAACCCUAUGGGUGGCUUCUGUGACACACACACACACCCCAAAGUCAGGUGGGCCCAUGGGCCUAAAAAUAUUGGUAACCUGUGUGCUACAGAAAUGUGAAGUAUUGCACUGGUCAACAACAAAUUUGUUUGCGUUUUUUCAGUUGAUUUAGGACGAAUCUGAUGCGCUGAAUCCAAAAAUCACAUUGGUUUUGCUCAGUCAGGUCAAGUUUUUGAGCUAUGGCCACAUGUCGUUUUUUUACGUUUUUGUUCACAUGUACGCUUGUGUGAAGCAUUUUAGAAGAAGUUGGUGGCGGUAAAAUGCCAUGUCGAAUAAUUGUUUUGAUUGGAAACGAUUAUUUUAAUGACAAGAAGUAUUCAGGUCCGAUAGUUCUGGGUGAUUCAAUGAACGAAGUGGAACUGGAAGCGUGGAAGGCAUUUGUUCUGGUAGUGAAGAUCUUUCUUGGCAACAAUAAGGCCAGAACUAUGCAGAACUUGUCGACAACAUGCUGACUGCUUUCAGAAACCUGGGCUGCAACAUGAGCAUCAAGAUGCACUACCUAUUUUCACAUAUGGACCGGUUUCCUGAGAACCUGGGUUCAGUGAAUGACGAGCAGGGGGAGAGAUUCCAUCAGGACAUGAAAGAGAUAGAGACCAGGUAUCAGGGUCGCUGGGACGCAGUCAUGAUGGCUGGCUACUGUUGGACUCUGAAGAGAGACCUCCCUGCCGCUGAGCAUUCCAGGAGUUCCAAGAAACGGAAGUUCAAGCCCUGAAGUUUGAAAAAUGGUGAAGCAACAUGCAAUUUACGUGUACUUACCUUUAUCAAUGCCCACCAUUCAGUUUACAGUAAUCGAUGUUUCUAUCAAGUAAUCAAUAUAUGUUGUUGGAAAAACAUUUUCCCCCUUAAAAACAUAUUUAGGAUGAUAUGUGUUGACAAAAAUCAGCUGAUAAUGCCACAAAAAUGUAAUCGAUUUUGUCACAAGAUCUGAUUUUUUUUCAAAUCGACAUAGCACAAAAACCUGACCUGAUGGAGAGAAACGGAUGCCAUUUCCUGAUUCAGCAGUGCAAAAAUACCCUAAAUCAAUUGUAGAAAUCUAGACAACAUUCAAAAAGUAAAAAAUUGUUGCCCAGUGUUAUUCUUUUGUGUUGGAGAGAACCCUUUGCAAACUGAUUAGUAAUCUCUCAGGCAUCCUACCCCUUCCUUCCCCCCACCCCAGAAAAAAAUGUUAUGUAAGCCUAGUGCUUCCCAGAGGAUUCUGGGAUGUGUGUUCUGUUCACAUAAGCGUGGGGUUGCCAUAUUUCAAAAAGUAAAAAAAAAAAACAGGACAUCCCCAAAGUUGGUGAGCUUUUUUUUUUUCCACCCCAAAAAAUCCGCGAUUUCUCGGUUUACUUGCCGAAGAUCCAGAACAAACCGCCACCUUGCGGGAAUCGCCCCUGGACGUCACUUCCGCCUUCGAAAUCCCGGACGUAUGGCAGUCCCGACACAAGUCUCGCUCCUGAGAGGUGUUCCAGAAGCCGUGGCCUGUCCUAACCUUUUCCCUCUCCUCCCUUUUCCCCCGCAGGUCCGCACCCGGUCGGUAGGCGAAUGUGUGGAGUACUAUUACAUGUGGAAGAAAUCGGAGCGCUACGAUUACUUCACCCAGCAGACGCGGUUUGGAAGGAAGAAGUAUGUUCCCCUACUGCCACCCUGGAGCAUUGUGGGAGCUGGGUCGAGUGUUGGGGCCCGUGUCUACAGCACCGGGUGAAUCGCAGGCCCAGGGGCUUGAGUUGGAGAAGGAGCUGGAAGAAAGAAGCAAGGAGGGAGCUGAAGGCCAGGAAACAGAAGAGAGGGAAAGACAGGGGGAGAGGAACACUAGGAAGUGGAAGGGAGGGAAAGGAAGUAAGAGGGAGAGGGAGAUUUGGAAGUAGGAGAGGAAAACUGGCAGGUGCCCACAUUUAAUCUGGAAGCAUUUAAGCUUUAGCAGGAGGAGCGACACACACACCCUGGACAACUGGGACGCAGGUGGUUCUGUGGUCUAAACCACUGAGCCUCUUGGGCUUGCUGAUCGGAAGGUCGGCGGUUCGAAUCCCUGCGACGGGGUGAGCUCCCGUUGCUCUGUCCCAGCUCCUGCCAACCUAGCAGUUCGAAAGCACGCCAGUGCAAGUAGAUAAAGAGGUAUUGCUGUGGCGGGAAGCGGCGUUUCCGUGUGCUCUGGAGUUGAUCCCGGUGAGGGUUUGCCAAGCAUGCCCUCCUCUUAGCACAUUUCUCCUUUUUGUUCUGAGCUCGAGCGUUUUCAAAGCCCAUGACAUCUUCGGUAAAGGCUGUUGUCCAAUUGGAGUGCUCACAGUCCAGUGUUUCCCAGUUGUCGGUGGUUAUACCACGUUUUUAAAGAUUUGCCUUGAGAGAGUCUUUUGUUGACCACCAGCAUUACGCUUUCCAUUUUUGAGUUUGGAGUAGAGUAGUUGCUUUGGAAGACGAUAGUCAGGCAUCCACACAACAUGACCAGUCCGACGAAGUUGAUGUUGAAGAAUCAUCGCUUCGACACUGGUGAUCUUUGCUUCUUCCUGUGCCACACAUGCUGCACGGUCACAGGCUGCUCCCCACUCUGCAGGAGGGACCCCCCGCCCAAUAUUCCCCUUUCUUUCUUUUUUUUAAAACAAGGACCUGGAUUUGUAGAACCUGAUAUAGAAUGCAAAACAUGCAGGCACUAUUCUCAGAGUGCGUUUGUUUGUCUGUCUGUCUGUCUGUUUGUUUGUUCGUUUGUUUGUUUGUCACCGCUUGUAAUUCCAAAUGCGUAGGCCUGAAAAUGUGGGGCUUGGAUGCCCCCACCCCAUAAUUGGUUAAAGCAGAGGGGGACACAGCGUCAUAAUCUGCAAAUGCGUUUUGUUUUGCUUCCCCCCAACCUGUAGGGAUUACGUGGAUAAUUUUUUGGAUGGUGGCGAAGUAGAAAGUGCCAGUCGUUCGCGAAGUUCCCCACCCAUCCCUUCGUCCACUGGAUGCCUUGACUCUCGUUUCAACCCAGAUCACCUGGCAAUCGAAAGCACAGGUAGGCUGGUCGGAAUUACCCUUGUUCGGUUUUCAAAACUCCUGAGUCCUGUAAAAGCACGUUUAUUUGUCAUUUACUACAACUUACGUUGCUGCUUAAUUACAGUAGUCUAAGCAGUGUACAGGGACGCAGGUGGUGCUGUGGGUUAAACCACAGAGCCUAGGGCUUGCCAAUCAGAAGGUCGGCGGUUCGAAUCCCCGCAACGGGGUGAGCUCCCGUUCCUCAGUCCCUGCUCCUGCCAACCUAGCAGUUCGAAAGCACGUCAAAGUGCAAGCAGAUAAAUAGGUACCGCUCCGGCGGGAAGUUAACGGCGUUUCCGUGCGCUGCUCUGGCUCGCCAGAAGCGGCUUAGUCCUGCUGGCCACAUGACCCGGAAGCUGUACACCGGCUCCCUCGGCCAAUAAAGCGAGAUGAGCGCUGCAACCCCAGAGUCGGUCAGGGUCAGGGGUCCCUUUAACCUUUACCUUUAAGCAAUGUACAAGUAACUUAAAAGUACCCGCAAAAAUGACAAAUCACUGUCUCGUUAUAUCAAGUAAGCUUGCUAUACAGUGGUACCUUGUCUAGCGUCCGCCUUGUUGAGCGCCCGUUCCUUCAAACGUCCGUGGCAAACCCGGAAGUACCGGAACGGGUUACUUCCGUGUCGCCCCAUGCACAGAAGCACAAACCGAUCCAUGCAUGUGCGCAGAUGCGGUGCUUUGUCCAGCGUCCUUUUCAGCCAGCGACUGGGGCUCCGGAACAGAACCCGGUCGCAAAAUGAGGUACUACUGUUUUGUGAAACUGUAACGCUGUCAUCACCCUACAGUAGGACAUGUUGGAUUUUUCAGCUUUCAGAUUCCAAAAAUGAAGGGGGCGAAAAUGUUCUAACAUGACUUUGGGAAUUCAAAGGAUAUUUUGGUUCAAUUAAUAUAAAUCGGUUUUCUCCCGAAAUAGCAACCUUGCUAGGGGGGAGGGCAUUCCCCAGCUUGGGCACCGCCACCGAAAAGGCCCUGUCUUGGUGACUCCCAUUUUUAGAGUGUGCAGUAGUUGAAAUCAAGUACCUGUGAUGUGUGAACCAGGCUUUUGUGUGUCUCCCCCCCGCACAGAACCUUUGAGCAUCGAGAGCGCAGCGUGCAGUUUGGGCAGCACGAGUGAGUCGGGCCACGGCUACGAGUACAGCACCCCUUCGGACACAAACUGUUCCUUUGACCCCGCCGAGGAAGCCGCCGCCGGCAGCGGGGCGCCCACUUUCCUGCAGCGCCCGCCAAACCCGCCCGAAGCCGGCUUCUACCAGGUGGCCGCAGCCGGCAAACAGGAGCCACUGCGGUGCUCGGGGAACGCCCUUGCCGUGGACUUCACCCUCCCCGGGAACGUCGCGGAGGGGCUGCCUUUAAUUUCCGGCCACGUGGGACUGGACAGGGAUCCAGAGACGUUGGUGGCCCCCUCUCAAGUGUCCUUAUCGGUCCCGGAUUUCAGCCUCCUUGGCAUUGGAGAUGUAAAUAGCUUCCUGGCCACUCAGCAGGCCUGCCCAGCUCCCAGGGGUCACUCGGAGUCCUUGUCUCAGUGACUGCAGCCUCUGCGUAGGGGUCCGCUGACGGACGAAAGCUGACUCUGGCAGGACUGGACGGAAUUGCCCUUUGGGAGGGGGCACGGAGACGGGUCAGCCUAUCGUCACCCUUCCUUCCCCCGCACUCUCCCCCGGGGCCACAAGCGCCGGUCAAGAGCUGUCCGGUCCUUGCCUUUCCAAAUCGCGGGGGGCGGAAGGGGCGCCCGCUGCUCUUCCUGCCCCUGUGCUCGACGUCCCUCUGGCGAAACCAAACGCCUCCGUCGUACUCUCUCGCACAGCUUUGCAAAAGAGAGAGAGAGAAAGCCGAUGGAGGGGAACCCGUGACCCCCAUGGGGCCGUUGUAGAUGGGGGGCAAAGCCAUGCAGGGGGCAGACGAAGUCUUCCUCCCCAACAACCCCGCCCUGGGCAAGCUGGAUUUCCAGCAUCGCCAGCCGAGAAAAACCCCCGGCGCAAUGCGGGAGGCCGCAGAGAUAGAGAGGGUCGCCAGGAGCACUUUUAGAGAAGGAGAUGUAUCGGUGGGGCGGAAUACUUUCACACACGGCGCGAGCGGACGUGGAACACAACUGGUCCCGAAGGUGCAAAGCAAGCUGAGUUGGGCACUUUCCUUCAGUUGUGGUGGCACCUCUGUUUAGUUUCGUUUUCAGAAGCGGCGGGGGACAUUCCUUUUUGCCAAACCUUGCGGUCACAUCCUGGUUUGCCAUGGGGUGGGUGGAAUCGCCACCCUGCUCCCGCUUUCGUCCCUACACAAGCACACCGCCCCAGGCCUUUUUUUAAGGCACCCUCUUAUCGGGACCCGCCUUCUGGGCAGAGGGAGAAACUUCAUCCCCUCCAACAGCACCCUGCAUUGCGAAGACGGUAAUCCGCACGUCGCAGCCUUCUGAAGAUGCAUCGGCUUCCGGGGAUGGUGAUGGGUUGGGGAGGACGUGGAGGGGCAGAACGGAAGAAGGCUCCCUGGCCCUGUUGCCAGAACUCCACAGCUCUCAGGCGGGUUGUGGGGCGGGGCGCUCCAGGGGUUGACGUUCGCCGUGGCGGGUCUCGAGACCAGGCUUCCGAAAGCCAGCAAGAAUCUGCGUGUUUGCUUUUGCCAGAAGAGAGGCAGCCGGGUGGCGGCAGGAGCACAGGGCCGCCGGUUGGAGUGCCAAACUGAGACUCCGGGGAGGGAGGUAUACGUGCGUUCUGUGCGUGAGAGAGAGCAUGAAACGCGGGUGUCCCGUCCUGUCCCCCCAACCUUGCCCGGUUCGGCCAGCUGGCAAAAUACUACGAGGACGGACUCCGUGCCAUUCAAACCUCCUUGUCUCCCUCUUCUUCCAUUUUUCUCAACCUCAGCCAUGGGGAAGCUUUUUUCCUUGUUGCUGGUAAUACGGUAUAUCCCUUUCCCCCCCAUCAUUUUCAUUUUGUGGUGCAGGGCGAUGGUGGUUCGUGGCAGCAUACAUACCCUUAACCUAAUUCCGCCGGCCCCUCAAGCAUCGGUCGUCCACCUGGCCAUUCACUCCUUUCUUGGUCAUGCAACUAGGGGCUUUUCUUCCAAACUGCGGGAGCUGAUAAGGUGUGGAGACAACUUCCUACACCUCUCUCCUGUGUCCGUCUCCCUGCAUAAACCUUGGUACACCACCCUGCAGUUUCCAGGUGGCAGUUGGCAGCCGUGGAUUGCAUCCUCUAAUAAUCGCUUUGUUGGCCUCCGUUGAUACUAGCGGCAGCAAUCGUGGUUAGCGCACGAGCCUCCUGUUGCACGGUUCACACCCGCCAUGCAAAAGGCAGGGGAGAGUCUUGCACAAGUGUCGUGCCGGCUCUGAUCAGGGAGUCGGGCGGCAGAUUAAGAGAGCUAGAGAGGGCUCAUUUAAUGUGGGGCUUGUGGUCACGGACCCAGCAAAACAGAGCACGUUGCGUUGUGGCACCAUCUCAAGUGAGACUCAAAUGUGCAUCCGUGCCCACUUUGAAGAUUCACAGCACUUGGCUGCCAGAAAACUCCUAUAAGUGAGUUGUGCAAUGGGUAUCUAAUACCACCCUUGCACUUGCAAGUCAUCCCGGGUCGCCGCUAUUCCAUCGGCUGCCCCUGUGGCCAUCUUGACUAUGAGGCGUCAAUGAGGACUGAUGGCUUUUCAGUUUUCCUUUGGUGUAGCGUUUUGCAGCUGAAGUAGGGCCACACAUUCCGUCGGGCCUUAAGUCUUCUGCUUCCUCCUCUCUCUCUCUGCCCACCUACCCCCACUUUUGCUUCCUUUAGUUCACGCCCGUCCAAUCUUGACCUUCCCCCAGACAAGCCCGUUCACAGCUCUCAGGGGUGCAGUUUUCUUUCUAUGAGUGCUCUGGAUACAAGCCAGAGGUGCUGCUGUAGGGUUGCCUAAUUUCCUUUGCACUCAAAUCUCCCCCACUCAAAUCUCUUGGCAUUCCCGUAUAGACCGUAGAGGAGACCUUAGGAAAACGGUCACGUCUCCAUCCCUGCGGUAAAUAACGCAGUGGUACCUGGCCUAUUUCCUCAGAUCACCCAGGUGUGAGCUGUGCAUCCUUUCCCCAGCCAGCUGCCUCUAAAAGUCCCAGAACUUAUGGCUAUUCCAUUGACUACAGUGGUAGUCAGACGAAACAGCAACAGAGAGAUCUCCGGUUCAUGGAACUUUUAAGAAAUCGGUUUGCGUGUGCCCACUGCAUUGCACCCAAAUAAAUGCCUCUGAAUUUACACCGGGAUAUGUUUUCCCACUCCACCCCCCAUCUACCCGAGCAGCCUCUGUAAAAAGGGGGGGAAGUGAAAUUCGGCCCACUUAGCUGCCCAUGAAGCACCCUCACCCGUUCAUAAUAUCCCUUUUUUAUUAUUUAUUUACGGGAUCCUUUCUUGCAACAUUUAGGAGACUUUCUCUCCACUGACUCUCUUGCCAUCUUGUUACCUAUCUCCUAUUUCAUUUCUCUCCCUUCUCGCCCCCCCCCAAUUUCAUAUUUUAAUAUGUCUAAUUUAUAAAUAUAUUCUUUCCCACCCACCCCUCUCCCCGCAGAAAAAAUGUUUGUUUACAGGUUGUGGGGAAGCGGGAUAUAUAUAUAUAGAUAUAUAUGUAUGCCGCGGAAACUUAUGUGUGUCUUGGGGCAACGGGGUAUUCCACGAAAGGGGGAGGCAGACCAACAGCUUUCCUCUCCUGUUUCCCUUCCUUCCGCCUCUCAGGGAGGGGAAGGGAUGUCGUGAACGUGAUUCCGAUACACCGCACCCCGGGCGCGCCACUGACACGUUCUGGUGAGAAGCGCGAAGGGUCUCUCCACUGUGAAGUGAAAACUGCCUUGAAUUACCCUUCAUUUAUUUAUUUAAUUAUAAAGCCUACGUUGGAGGAAACGACAACGGGGGGAAAAACA